AUGAAGGCCUCACUGUUGCGCGGACUGCUCCUAUCGCUCUUCUCCAUUUCGGCUCUGGCCGCAGAUUCGUCGCCUCACACCCUCUUCAAGAGAGCAGAACAAGACGUCGCGGCGAACGAUGAACAUGAACCCUCGAGCACUACUUUUAAUGGCAUCGAAGUGCCUCCACAGAAGGAGUUGGAUCCGGAAAAUUUCAAGAGCACCAUCUCCGAUGGCUACUGGUUUGUAAAACAGUUUUCGCCAUCAUGCCCUCAUUGUCGACGCAUCGCCCCUGAGUGGCAGACUCUAUAUGAAUAUUACUAUACCUCGAACCCGCUGUCGUCCUCGUCCGCUAAAUCCCUCGAUACUCAAGUAUCUAUGAACUCCUUCACCGGGUUCUACGACUUUCAUUUUGCGUCGAUGAACUGCCUGGCCUAUCGCGACCUGUGCAUCAAAUUGGAUGUCAAGUACUUUCCUACGUUUGCUCUUUACCACGAAGGCGAGCUGGUGGAACAAUACCAAGGCGAGAAGACGAUGGAAGGACUGAAUAAAUUCAUUGAAGAAAAGUUGGAAUUGAUUCGACCGGGCUCUCGUCCUCGUAAUGGAGUUAAGCUGCCAGAGCCUGGAGCAACGAAAUUCGACACCUCUGCCGAGCCCGACGUUCCCGAAGCAAAGGACAAGGACCCUGUUGCAGGCGCCAAAGCUGGUGAAAAGCACAACGAGCAAGUCGCGCAAUUGGCAGAGAAGAACGGCGAGGAGAAAAAGCCCGGCGCGGGUACUCAGGCUCAGGCACCAAAAGAGAAACCAGAGAAACCAGAGAAACCCGGCGUGAUCUACAACCCUCAAGGCACAUCUGUCCCUCUGGUUGCGGAAAGCUUCCAAAAAUUUGUCACUAGAUCGCGUGACCCCUGGUUCGUCAAGUUUUAUGCUCCUUGGUGCCAUCACUGUCAAGCGCUAGCUCCGGCUUGGCUCGCCAUGUCUAAAGAAAUGAAAGGGAAACUCAACGUUGGAGAGGUCAACUGUGAACUCGAGAAAAGACUCUGCAAGGAUGCUGGCGUGAAGGCUUUCCCGACCAUGUACUUUUUCAAGGGCGGAGAGAAGGUCGAGUAUCAAGGUCUACGUGGGCUGGGUGAUUUAGUCAGUUACGCUCAGAAGGCUGUCGAUACUGGCGCUGGCGUCCAAUACGUCGACGAGGCUAAAUUCAAGGCGUUGGAGGAGACUGGGGAAGUUAUUUUCCUUUACUUUUUUGACCAUGCGACCACCGCGGAAGAUUUCGCUGCGUUGGAGCGCCUGACUUUGUCUCUGAUUGGACACGCACGCUUGGUCAAGACUGACAGUCCGGCUCUUGCAGAACGGUUCAAGAUCUCUACCUGGCCUCGUCUGCUUGUUGUUCGAGAUGGUCGCCCGACGUACUUUAAUGCUUUGGCUCCAUAUGAUAUGCGGGAUAACCCGCGGGUCUUGAACUGGAUGCGCAGUGUCUGGCUUCCAAUCGUACCAGAACUGACGGCAUCGAAUGCCCAGGAAUUGAUGGAUGGCAAAUUCGUUGUUCUCGGAGUACUCAGCCAGAAGAGAUCCGACGAAUUUCGUCUUGGAAAACUCGAGUUGAAGAACGCUGCCCUAGAGUGGAUGGAUAAACAAACCCAACUUUUCCGCUUGGAAAGACAGGAACUGCGAGAUGCUAAGCAACUGCGCAUUGAAGAGGCCGAAGACCGUGACGACCAACGCGCACUGCGGGCUGCCAAGAGCAUGCACAUCAACAUCCACGAGGAGGACAAGAAGCAAGUUGUCUUUGCAUGGGUUGAUGGCGACUUUUGGGACCGCUGGGUCCGCACAUCGUACGGGGUCGAUGUGAGAGAUGGUGAACGGGUUAUUAUAAGCGACGAGGAUAACCGACGCUACUGGGACGCUUCAAGCAGCGGAGCCAACAUCAUGGUCUCUCGCACGUCUAUCCUAGAGACAAUCCCCCUGGUAAUCAGCGACCCGCCCAAGCUCAAGUCCAAAUCCACCAUUGGCGUCUUCGAGGCGACCUUUUUCCACACGCGCAGUUUUAUUUCCAAUCACCGGAUCCUCUCCGUCAUCAUUUUCAUCUUCACCAUCAUCGCAUCCUAUGUCGCAUACCGCAAGAGGUCGAUUCGACGCGUCAACUUUGGUUAUAAUGGCGGCGGUAUCCUGGGCAAUAAUGCCAACGGCGGUGGUUUCUUCCGUCUUGAUGGGAAAGAAGGGUUAUUGAAUGGUGGAUCAACGGGCAAAGUUGACUAG